AUGUCCUUCUUCCGCAUCACCCUCCACCGCUCGGCCAUCGGUCUGCCCAAGAGCACGCGCGGCGUUCUCGACGCCCUCGGCCUCCACCGCCGCACGCAGACCGUUUUUCACCCUGUCUCGCCGCAGUUCGCUGGUAUGAUUAUGAAAGUCAAGGAGCUCGUCAAGGUCGAGGAGGUUGAUCGCGCGCUGAGCAAGCGCGAGCUGCAUGAGCAGCGGAGGCCGGAUCCCGGAUUCUACGUCGAGAAGGCUGUUGCGCGGUGA